CAGCUAAAUACUAGAGUAUGAGUGACUGGGAUACAAAAAUUCUCGUUUACUCAAUCCCUCAUAUGGAGCAGCAUGAGUGGCCGUUGUUCUACUUCACUUAUCCUCGACCUCGUCCGUUGCUACUGUCUCUACUAAGUAAUUAGUGCUGCUGUUGUCCAAGACACGAGGACUACAAAUGACCAUUCUUGCGCUCGACUCGGUAAUCUUGUAUCGUUCGAGUUGGACGCAUUCAUUUGAGAGUAGUGCUUUUCGUGGAUCCAGAGAUGAAAAACGGGAGAGCUGCAUUUGGAAUCAUUCGAAAUAUGACCACGAUUCAUGCGACUGACAUGAGUCUAAAUGUUUUUAAGAGCAUUUCUUACGUAGGUAUGCUGGCAGAUCGUUUCUCGAAAAGCAAAAUUUUGUAUCCACGACUGCUCCGACCACUAAGCUGCGUAAGUACUCUACCCUACGACUACGAAUCGCGACAAUAAAUCGAAACUACAUCUCAAUCUUCCUUGAUGAUACCCGAUGAACACCAACAACAACGUUGAUGUUGUUGACUGAAGCUAGGUUUUUUGAUGGGGACUAGCUAGACCCAGGUAGUAAUUCAUUCGAGAGUCGCGUGAAAAAAAUGGAAGCGUAUCAGCGAGUGUCGCAAAGCGAGAAGGCCGCAGCCGCAACGGCGCUGAUAGGGAAGGCACAGGAACGAUUUGGCGGCAUUUUCAAGCUUCUCUUCUUCACCUGCGCUUGUGGCGUGAUUUUAAGGCUACUCAAUCACUAUCUGGUGCAGUGGACUAUACUGACAAGUGCUGGACUCUUCUUCCUUGUGGAGUUCAAGGGUCCUGAGCAGAGGAUGUAGUAGAUGGAUUCCCCCUAGAAGAAGAGGAGCGAGUGAAAGGGAUUUUAAGGCGGAAAAGAACGGGAACCCCAACCCACUUAUUGUAACUAAGUACCAGAAAUGGUCGUGAUUGACUACCUCUAACGUUUGCAUCGGGCAUAAUUAGCAUCAUCACCGCGGCAACCAGCUUCGCGCCACCAUUCGAUUUUAUCAACUAUGUAUCAACACGAAUAUAUAAGACUCCUUGCCUUUUUUUCGUUGCGCUCGAAUACCUGAACCGCAUUAUAAACAUAUAAGACUGGGAGAAAGUAGUUCCUAUCGUCCUACUCGUAAAAGAACAAAAAACUGAGAUUCAUGGUUGUGUUGUUGAUCUCUCAUCAGUAUGCCUAUGGAUGCGUAUUAUGAUCAAAUGCACGGACGACCGAGUAGGAUCCUAGAGUGCUCUGAGCCUUCAUCCUCACAGCUUCGGUUUCUUCAGGUCUUCGGUUUUUUUCAGGUCCUCUCACACUCACUUCUGUUUCCAGGUCUUCCUCACGAUAUUCGGGCUCUUGAUGUUCUUUAUCGAUCUACCAUACGAGACCCCACUGCUUCGCGGCUUCCGAUAUGCUAUGUUCACCUAUGCGCUUUUCAUGACGAGGUUUGUCGGAAGGGGUGUAUGGUAAUGAACGAUACGCGUGAAAUUCUUACCAAUUGCAGAUGCAACUAGGUUACUGGAACGGCUCUAAUUCGAUGCAUUUGGAUUUGCCUGAAAAUAAUAAUGUAGCAUUCUAAUAUUUAUAGAUCGUUAAUACGUGUUGCACUUGAGUACUCAAGUCGGUUUUUUAGCUCUAACUCAUCAAGCUGAAGCUACUCUUCCCAGGUACCUCUUCCUCGCAUCAAUGACAGUGGGUGCACUAUGGGACAACAACGUGUUGCCAUUCUUGGGCUUCAUCCUCGGAGCUUACAUUGCAGCAGUAGCGGGCUACAGUAUUGUCUUAUCACUCUUUACUAUGGUACGCGGUAUUUUCUUAGAUGAGUGUGAUAGAUGCUCAUGGAGAAGGAGGUGGCGCACGUAGUACUAGAUUUUGAAUCUUUGUUCACGAUUAUGUAUCAUCGAGGAUUAUGAUCAUCCUAAAUGUUGAUCCAUCUAUACUAUCCAAACACCCUACUAACUUCCAACUAGGCUCCUGAUUCAUCUAUUCAAACACAAUAACAAGGCAUCUUCUACGGAUGGCGGUUAUCAAAGAGUCUUGAGGGUGUCCGAGUAAAGAUAUUGGAGCAAGGACCAGAACAGUGGGGAGCCUACAUUCCACCAGAUGGCCUCUCGAAAGUCCAGUUUCGAGACCUCGCUGCAAGUCUCAACGGUACUACUUCAAUGUUAAUGAAGCAAGUUAUUUGGAAGACGAGGCAUGUAGAAAUAGAAGACAGAAGGGGUAGUAGAAAUAAAAUGAAGGAUGAAUAGGCAGAAUCAUCAUUUACAUUACGUAAGAGGAAUGAAGAAUGGCUUCAGAUUCAGUGUGUCCAUCCGUCCUUAUAGCUUAUAGUUGAACGUCAGUGAAGUAACAAAAGCCAAAUCCGAUUCCCAAGACCACACCCAAGUACAGGUGUCACGUUUACCGACGAGCAGCUUGGCUAUAUUGUAGCGGCAAUGAGCUUCGACGUGCGGUCAGAUGAUAUUAUUUCCCGAGAAGAGUUCGAGGAAUGGGUUCGCGGCCCGAGCAUGAUCGUCCUAUAG